GUCAUGAUUCCGUCAGGAAGUUAGACAAAAGAAGCACGAAAACAGGUGGGAAGGGGUCAGCAAAAAAAAACCAGCGAGAAUUACUGCAAGUCGCAAAAGCGAUGCUGUUUGAUUUCGACAAGUGCUCUCCACCAGAAGCAGGGCACAAAGACAGCGCUGGUAGACAUUGUAAAUAAUCCGACCCGAAACGUGUGGUACAAGAUUUCAGCUGUUUCUGUUCUAUUGCCUGCAAGUUCUAUUGAUGCUACCGCCGCCGUGCAGCUACCGUGCCCCAUCAUAAGUGAAAGGGGGAACCAUCGUAAAACGACCCUUGUGUAUCAUAAUCACGUCUCAGACACAAACACACACGCCGUGAAUGUCUGUGGAACGCAAUCGGACACCGCUGAUCACCACUAGAGCAAACCACAGGAAAAAGAAUCAGCCAGCAGCAGGAGCAGUAGCAGCAACAGCAGGAAGACGACAACGUUGCGUCUCGAAAUAGAAGCUGACCUGGUGGCCGGUGGCUGAGAACAAAAAAAACAAUAUGACGACAACGGCAAGCCGACAGUUUGACGCAAAAACGUACGACACACUCACCAACCAGGACACCAACCCGUUCGCGGACAAACGCUCGCCCACGAUCGAGGAAGAGGACGAACCGCAGGUUAUACAUGUCGUUCCGGAGACGAGCAAGGCCCGCUGGAACCACAUCGAGGAUCUGGAUUCAUUCUUCACCCGCGUGUACAUCUACCAUCAGAAGCAUGGAUUUUACGUGAUGAUGCUGCAGAAGCUGUUCGAGCUUUUCCAGUUUGUGUUUGUCGUCGUACUGAUCACGUACAUGUUUAACUGCAUCGACUAUGGAAUUCUUUUCCGCGAUAAAAUCAUCGAACUUGACACGAAAGUAUCGCUCGGCGAUGCCAUGAUCGGUGUGUCCGAGUGUGCGGCCAAGCUCGGUGCAUUUCAAUGGUUGGCCCUGGUGCUGGCAGGGAUCUUUUGGACCUUUCGGCUGUUUAAAUUCUUCUAUCAAUUUUUCCAAUUCUGGGACAUUAAGAUGUUCUACAAUACAGCACUUAAGAUCGAGGAUGCUGACCUGGACAAUCUGACUUGGCACGAGGUACAAAAGUGCAUUCGAGAAGUGCAAUCCGAGAUACAGAUGAGUAUCAACAAAGAGCAACUGACUGAGCUAGAUAUUUACCAUAGAAUAUUAAGAUUUAAAAACUACAUGGUAGCCAUGAUGAACAAAUCGUUGCUGCCUGCCACGAAGAAGCUGCCAUUACUAGGGAACGUAGUACUAAUGAGUCAAGCGCUCCGUUACAACAUAGGAUUAAUACUGUUCUGGGGACCAUGGUCACCGUUCGAGAACAGUUGGCAUCUGCGGGAAGAAUACAAACGGCCCAACAUGCGGAACGAGCUGGCAGCGAAGCUAUCGAAGCAAAUUCUGUGGGUCGCGAUCGCCAACAUCAUCCUCUCGCCCUUCAUCUUCAUCUGCCAGUUGAUGUACUUUUUCUUCAACUAUGCGGAUCUAAUAAAAAAAGAACCCGGUACGCUGGGUGUACGAUGUUGGUCACAGUACGGCAAGCUGUACUUGCGCCACUUUAACGAACUCGACCACGAGCUGGAUGCGCGGCUGACCCGAGCUUACCGACCGGCGGUAAAAUAUAUGAAUUCUUUCUCGUCGCCCUUGCUAACUGUCAUAGCAAGAAACAUAGCUUUCGAUGCUGGUGGUGUUGCGUCGCUUAUACUGCUGCUGGCCAUCUACGAUGAGGAUGUGUUUCAGGUGCAGCACGUCCUUACCCUCUUUACGAUCCUGGGAAUGAUCAGUGUCAUUGCGAGAUCACUUAUACCGGAUGAAAAUAUGGUCUGGUGUCCGGAGCAGCUGCUAAGGAACGUGUUGGCCCACGUGCACUAUCUACCCUCAUCCUGGCGUGGCCUCGCGCACAGUUCACACGUUCGCGAUCAGUUUGAACUGUUUUUCCAGCUUAAAAUUAUGUACAUUCUGAACGAACUCUUCAGCCCGCUGGUGGCACCGUUCGUGUUGCUGUACGAUCUGCGGCCAAAAUCUCCCCAGCUGGUUGAUUUCUUCCGCAACUUUACGGUCGAUGUGGUCGGCGUUGGGGACGUGUGUUCCUUCGCCCAGAUGGAUGUCCGCAAGCACGGUAACCCCGACUGGCAGAUUCCGGUCGUGGCGGACGACAAGGAUAGUGAGAGUGAAACUCCUCUUAUAUCGCCGGAUGAUGUCGGUGGUGCGGGUCCCAGACAUGGAGUGCCACCGCCCACCGGGCCGAAUGUCGGUGCCACACCGUACAAUCAGGGCGAGCACGGUAAAACGGAGCUUUCGCUGGUACACUUCACGCUCACCAAUCCAACCUGGCAGAUGCCACCGGAAGCGAAACAGUUCGUGCAGGGCAUCAAACGACACGCGCUGCAGGACCUGAACCGGCAAAGGGGCAUGCUGCUCGGGCUGCACAACCCAACCGCGAUGGGUCAGAGUUUACUGUCGAUGGAAAGCAUGGGCGCGGAAUAUUCGUCCAUCAUUCAGCCCAUUCUGCAGACACACAAUCUUUCCAACUCGCAGCACCUUGGCCUGUCGAUGCAUCUCGGCGGGUUUGGUUCACCGAUUCCACCGAUGACGCCGGCCUUUGGGCAAGGAAUGAUGCCAUCAGCGGCGCACCAUCAACCGGCACAACACGGGCCAGGCGUACAGUCGUCCCACCAAUACCAUUUCGGACCACAGUUGUACGAUUUUGAGCGAAUGUUGCAGCAAAAUCUUACCGACGCCAGUACGGUAGCACCGAUGCCCAGCCGCAGUACCUUUCUGGCCGACAUUAACGAAAACGAUGACGAAGCGGGCGCACCGGCGUUGGCGCCAGAAGUCCCACAAGCAAGCACCAGUGGCCGCGUGCAGUCGGCAAGCGUUGCUCCCGGUUCGAUGGGGCUGGAGCAGGAGUUCGAAGCGAGCCGGUAUGCAGCCGGCACCGAUGCGAUGGUCUUCAGCAAUCGGGGUGGCAUGUCCCGCCGCGAAGGUCCUGCGGAAGGAUCACGCAACGGACUACUUUCGAGUCUGUACGCCGAAAUGCCCACGAAUGUUCCGGCACCGUACGAAUUUACGACGGCCGACAUGUGUCUUAGUACGCUGUACCUGCAUGAGUUGCAUCACAAUCACUUGCGACGUAACGGUGGAAGCCUGCGACUUGACAUGGGUUCACCACCACCGCCGCCGAGCUCAUCCCAACGCCCUUCUACCAUUGGCCGUUUUAUGGGACCGGGAGGAUUCCGGCCGUUCGGUUCGGUCACGCAACCAACGCUAGUCAGUCAUCCGUUGCGUACGCUCGCACCGGGCCUUAUCGGUGGCGAUUUGGCAGGACCUUCGUCCGGUUCGGUGGCUGGCGCUCGGAGCAGCGGUGGAUCGGCCGUGGCCGCCGAACGGACCCCUUUACUCGGGGGCAAAAAGUCAUAGCACCAGGCGGAAUGGGUCUAACCGAAAGACGGUAGACAGGUGCGCGUGCAACCGAGAGGAAUAAGAGGAAUUACUGUUAAGCUUGAGUGAGCGAAAAGCUGUGUUGAGAGUGGGAGCGUACGAAUGAAUGUGAUUUGUGUGUGUGUAUAUGGAGCAAAACUGAUACCGUGAUAAAUAGAAAGUUGAUAACAAAAAAAAAACCCACUAAGCGCUGUGGCAGAGAAUAAUGAUAGAAACAACGAAGAAGGAAAACUAUGUUAAGCGAAAUAGUGUAAAUGAGGGCUGGUUUGACAGUGUGUGUGAGGAGGAGUGCUGGUUUGCCGUUUUUUGUAGAUAAAGUUACAAAAUCCAGUUGAACUUAACUUUAUCGACAUUGCUCGCCAAUAGAGAAAACAAAUUAGUCGUGGCAAUAACAGAACUAUUCUGGGAUCAAUAAUGGGGUUAAAUGCCCAGACUAGGAAGGGGGGUGGCUUUUGUACAAUACGCUUGCAAAACACCAUGUUCAAAGUGUCAGAAAAAAAGAUUAGUAAAAAUAAUUGUAUCAAACUGUUCUCACUGUUUAGCGAAGGCGCGCGAGCAGUGUGAGGCAGAAAAGGUUUGUGAGCGCAAAGAGUAUCCCCGCUUUGUGUGCAAGGUGUUUUAAAGGGUGUGAUUUUAUUCCCGGAAUACAGUGACCGUUACUGACGCAAUCAUUGAAAUUCUCUGCGGUAAAACACGAUUCUGCAAUAAGUUGUUAAAAUCGAGAAAUAAAUAUGUUUUCAAUUUGUACGGA